CAUUCCCCGGGCAGGAAUCAGAAGAGAAUAGUUAGUUGAUCCAGGUUUUUAACACUUAAUAUACAAUUCUUUUACUCAUCAGAGCUUCUGAUAAUAAACUGUGGAAGCCAACAGCUGUCCUCCAGUCACAUUUCUCUGAGGUUUUCCCGUGGAAUGAUAGUUCCUCGAGACUGUUGGUGAGGAGCUGUGCGCCUCCUUCCCCAAGAUGGCGACCGCGAAGGACGGUUGUGGCAUAGCAGUGGCCGCCGGGAAGGGGCAGCGGCCUCACCUGGGGAUUCCUGCGGCGGCGUUUGUGGAAGAUGUAGAUUCCUUAAUGAAGCAGCCUGGAAACGAGACCGCCGAUACAGUACUAAAGAAGCUGGAUGAACAGUACCAAAAGUAUAAAUUUAUGGACCUCAACCUUGCUCAAAAGAAAAGAAGGCUAAAGAGUCAGAUUCCUGAUAUUAAGCAGACUUUGGAAAUCUUAAAAUACAUGCAGAAGAAAAAAGAGUCGGCCAAUUCGCUGGAGACCAGAUUCUUACUGGCAGAUAACCUGUACGGCAAAGCUUGGAUCCUUCCUACUGAUAAAGUGUGUCUGUGGUUGGGGGCUAAUGUGAUGCUUGAAUAUGAUAUUGAUGAAGCUGAGGCACUGCUGGAAAACAGUUUAUCGACUGCUACAAAGAAUCUCGAUACUCUCGAGGAAGACCUUGACUUUCUUCGCGAUCAGUUUACUACCACUGAAGUCAAUAUGGCCAGGGUUUACAACUGGGAUAUACAAAGAAGAAACAAAGCUGAUUCUACCAAGAGCAAAGCAUAAUGCUGGUGAUUUAAAAAACUGAUUCAGUUUUUCAGACAUACUAUUUUGACUGUCUCAGUGUUUAUUCUUAAAUAUUGACAUAAUUUUGAAUGAUUUUUGAAGAAUAUAAACAUUUAUAAAAGCAAAAUUGAUUUCAAA